GAGCAGGAGUACGUUUCGGAAAGCUAUCUGCGGCGGAUUAAGGCCGAAAUCAGAAAGACAAAUAAACCCAUCAUGGAGAAAAAGCGCCGGGCACGGAUCAACCAUUACCUCAACGAUCUCAAGGGACUACUGUUGGACGCGAUGAAGAAGGAUCCCGUGCGUCACUCGAAGCUGGAGAAGGCGGACAUCCUCGACCUGACGGUGAAGCAUCUGCAGGACCUCGAACGGCGCCGGUUCGCCGUGGCGAUGGCGGUGGACCCGUCGGUGCCGGAAAAGUUCGCCACCGGCUACCGGGAGUGUAUCGACGAGAUAUCGAAGUACUUCGAUUCGCUCGGUCCAGCCCUUGACGACGGCUUGAAGGGUCGGGUCCGGAAGCACCUGGAAAGCUGCCUUAGCUUCCCACCGAAGCUACCCGCCGGGUCGUUGGGCCGCUUGCCAGGAUUGGCCGGGGUGCCGCUGAACUCCCCGGACGACAUCAACAACAACCACGCGCUGCUAAACCGGACGCUUGCCAACAAUCUGUCGCUGCUGUCGUUCCCGGGCGCCGGUCUCGGCUUCGGUCCCGCAUCGGUCCCGCCGGGGAUUGACCUCGGCCCGUUCAAUCCGUUCCCAUUCUUCAGCCCUUUCCAGCGACCGGCGGGCCACCAGAUACCGUUUCCCGGUUACACCCGAGAACCGGGCCAGGAGAAGCGGGAUCUACGAAGCGACACGAAACCCUCCCUCAACCUCGUUCCCAGCCCCCCGGUCAGUCCGUCAGACGGGGCGGACGGAGACAGCACGUCGACGACGACCGACUUCGACGUAAGCCUCCGGACGCCCGUGGCGAAGGGGGCGACAGCUGGCGGCGCCCAUCACAUGGAACAGUUAUUGGCCAUCUUCCCGACACCUCCGUCGCCCGAAGAUCGGUCUGCGGGCGAGCGGUUCGGAAAGUUGGAUCAUCACGGCGAGAGUUCACCGUUCGUGCCGACGGGGGCUGCCGCCGCCUCCGCUGGACUUCGACCAUCGAAGAUGAACGUGGAUGCCCUGGAGGAAUCGGUUCGGGAAGCCGGAAGCGAAAGUGAGUCGGAUGACAGUCUCGACGACCAAGGUCAGCAGCAACCAGGAAGCGACCCUGACGGUGGUGCCGGAGGAGCAGGAGGAGGAGAAAUGUGGAGACCUUGGUAG